UUCCCAUCGCCUGCGGAACGUUGGAAGAAAGAGGAGGAAAGCGAGACAGGAAGUUACGUCCGGCUCCGAGGCACUUCCGGUGGGAAGAGUACCGGAGAGAGGCUGAGCUGAGCGAAUGAACGGCUGCCCCCCGUCCCAGUGAUCACGGAAAACAUGGCUACAGAUUGGCUUGGGAGUAUCGUCUCAAUCAACUGUGGAGACAGUUUGGGAGUCUACCAGGGGAGAGUCUCAGCUGUGGACCAGGUCAGCCAGACAAUCUCACUAACGCGGCCUUUUCAUAAUGGGGUCAAGUGUUUGGUACCGGAGGUCACGUUCAGGGCAGGUGACAUCACCCAGCUUAAGAUCUUGGAGAUUCCGGGCCCCGAAGAGAACGGGCCAUGCCGAGACUUCCAGCAGAACGACUUCGGCAUGUCCGGUAUCGGAUUCCAAGGGAGCGCCAGCCAGAACGGCACUGGGAAAUUGCCAAAGAAGCCCGUCUCUUCCAGCAGCGCUCCCCAGAACAUCCCCAGGAGGACUGAUGGGCGGAGUCAAGACGUGGCCGUUUCCCCCCAGCAGCAGCAGUGCUCCAAGAGCUACAUGGAUCGGCACAUGGAGUCCUUGAGUCAGUCGAAAGUCUUCCGCCGGAGGCACAACUCGUGGUCCUCCAGUAGCCGUCACCCCAACCAGGUGACUCCGAAGAAGAGCGGGGUGAAGAACGGGCCCAUGAAGAACAAGGACGACGAGUGUUUCGGGGAUGACAUCGAGGAAAUCCCGGAUACGGAUUUUGAUUUCGAGGGGAACCUGGCUCUCUUACGGCAAGGCUGCCGCGGUUCAAGAGAGGAGGAGACGAUUUGAGGAGGAAGGCUGGACUUCGCUCCCGGGGAGCGCACUAAUGAGAAGGCUGCCCGCUAUCGCCACGAUGAGAACAUCUUGGAAUCGGAGCCCAUUGUGUACCGGAGGAUCACUGUGCCCCAGGCCAGUAAAGAGUUCUGCACUGGUACGCCAGAUUCUGGGCUUGUCGCCCGGAAAGCCUUCAUUUAACUGCACAAAAAGCUGCUCUCGGUGGCUGAGAAGCAUGGGCUGACUUUGGAGCGGAAGCUGGAAAUGACUGGGGUGUGUGCCAGUCAGAUGGCCUUGAGUCUGCUUGGAGGACCCAACAGGCUGAACCCGAAAAACAUCCACCAGCGUCCCACGGUUGCCUUGCUGUGCUGCCCUUCUAUGCUGGGGGCCCAGGGGAUCAGUUGCGGCCGGCACCUGUCCAAUCACGACGUGCACGUCAUCCUCUUCCUCCCCAACUUUGUCAAGAUGCUGGAGUCGAUCACCAACGAACUGACGCUUUUUGGCAAGACGCAAGGGCAGCAGGUGUCCAGCGUCAAAGAAAAUGCUCUCAAGUGGACCAGCCUUUGGUACAAGCAUGUUGUGGGAUCGGGCCAACCAGAACCGAGCCCCGUUCUCAGCAUAGACCCCAGUGAGCCGGUAGGCUACGAGCAGGGCAUCGACGCCGGGGUCCUGGCCCUGGGCUGCUCCUUGCCGCUGGGCGCAGAGGGCGAAGCGGUGUACCAGCGACAUCGGGCAUCCCGCAGGAAGGUCUUCCAGGAGGUGGGCAUCAACUACCACUCGCCUUUUGGCUGCAAAUUUGUCAUCCCUCUGCACUCGACCUAGGGCAGGCUGGGAAGACGAGAAGGGGGGCUGGAAUCGCCUUCGACCCCUUUUACGAAAGGAAUCCUGACCCUAUUAAAACUCUUGUGUCGCCUUAAGGAAGCAAAAAAAAAAAAAGCGCCCUGGGUUUGUUGUUUCUCCAGAAGAAGCCGGAAGUGUUAAUAUAGAGCGGAGAAUGGACUUGGUGCGCUACCAGCGGGAGUCUUGGGCGAUCUCGCGCCAUCGUCGGAAGGAACGCCCCAGAGAGCCGGUGGUUUCAACCGGCUGAGAAACUUGGUGGUGGGAAGGCAGGGAGGGGGAAUGUGUCUGUUCACAUAUGCAAGUGCCCGCGCCUGGUUGUGUACUAGAAGAUGGUUUGCCUUUUUCCCCAGAGUGGGAGGGGUUUCUAUGUGCAGCCGCUGGAUCCUGCUGGAAUUCCUGCACUGUGUUCCUGUUCUCGUGCAGCUAAAUUCACACCUGAAGCUGCACUUGGGACCUUGAUUUACUCUGCCCGGAGCCCCACCUGGCAUGAAGAUGUUGGUUCAGCACCCAGCCUUUACUCCCGCCAGCCAGCUAUCUAGCGGUCGCGAACCCGUUAGGGGUUUGUUUCUUUUUCGCCGGUGCAGCGAGCAGCUUGAAGAAGAGAGCAGGCGAAAUGGUGCUGAUAUUGCGUUUGCCGCACACAAAUAGUUCUCUUCCUGUGUUGCUGUAGUAUCCACAUUGCUGGCUGAUCCCACCCCAAUCCUUCAUUUAGGUUCUGGGAACAAAUCGGGGCAACCGAAGGAAUUGGUUCUCACUUUGGCGUGCUCCAAAGCUGCAGGAAGAUUUGGAAGCACUCCUGCGGGGUCUUGUUCCACGCCACUGUUGUUAUCUCUCGAUCAGCAAUCAAUGAGGGCUUAGCAUUGCAGCAGAGGGUGCUUUCCGUCUUCUUAAGCACUCUGGCUUUUGCUGAGAAAGCUAGCCCGUGUCUUCACUUCGGUCCCCGCAUGUGCCAUUGUUCUGAUCUAACCUGUCUCUCGCGCUUCGAGCAUGAGGUCUGUGUAAACACCGCCGGCAAAAUCGUGCGUUUGCCACUGUCUCCUCUUCCCACGCAGGAGACUAGCCCCUUGCUGGCCUCAGCUUGCCGUCUCCAGCACUGCCACCACAAUGCUUAGCUGGCCCAACACCGUCUAGCUUUCGGGGACAAAAAGCGAUACGAAGUGACCAAGCUUGAAUGUCUCCUGCUGGCUUCCGAGCAGUCGACCGCGCUGGACGCUUCCCCCUUCCGUGUCUCUAAGGGUGCCAUACUGAAACUCUCUCGCCCAGCCGUGGCUGUGAUUAAAACAUAACAGAAAGCAGG